AUGAUUACCUCUUCUCCUUCCGCUUUUACUUCUUCAACUUCUAUGGAUAUGGAUAUGGAUAUCAUGGUCCCUGUCCCUGUUGUGGCUAAGCCCAUGCCUGAUGUACCCGAGAACAUUUGGCUCGAUAUCUUUGGCUAUCUGACCCUCGAAGAAAAGUUCAAAGUCUCCAGCACUUGUCGAACAUGGCAUCGCAUCCUCGCCGACCCUUCGCUCUAUACCCACAUCACCCUCGACGACAUGGAAUUCAACACCCUCGUCGCCUGUCUCCAGCAGCUCUGCCGUCUCGCCCCCCGGAUUCGAUCCCUCCGAAUCUCCAACUGCCACUCGUCCUUCAUCUCAAAGACGACCGUCCCUGUCCAGAACACGUCGAUUAUGCAUCAUUUCCCUCAACAGCCUGGUAUGCACUCGCUCUACACCCACAUCACUUCCUUCACCCUCCCCCGUCGGCGUGAAGAGUACCGCAAGUUGGGUUUUACGCUCCACCAAGACUUUUCUCGAGCACUUGUUAUCCUGAUGGAGCAGAGCCAGGAGUCGAUCAAGUGUCUUGAGAUCCAGGAUAACUUCUUGGACCUUGAGAUGACAGAGUUGAUCUUUUGCAUCGUCCGCUAUGGUCGCCACCUUGAGCACCUUCUUUAUGACGCCAACAAGGAUGGUGGCUUUGUCGCCCCUGAGGUCGUCUCGGCCAUCACUGCUGCCUGCCCCAACAUCAAGAGCUUCCGGGGUCAGCAUGCCAUCUCGGACACUGUCCUCCGUCGCAUGAUGACCGGUUGGGAGGACCUGACUUCUGUCACCCUCGCCCCUUACCAGUCCCCGUCCAUGGGCACCAAAGAGGUCAGUCUCGAGGGUCUCUGGUCCCUCCUCGAAUGCGGUAAGGUUGAGACCCUUGAACUCCUUGACCUCAGCUGCAUUUCCAACGAGAACGUCCGCAAUAUGAUGCUGAGGGUCAAGCACCUCCAAGCAACCGGAUUCGAGCACCCUACCAGCCCCAACCCUGCCGCCGACCACCCCUUCUCCCACCUCGCCUCCCGCUUCCCUUCCCUCUCCUCCUCCUCUUCCUCCCAACAACAAACCCCACGGUUACUUCCCGGUACCUCCGUCCGUCAUCUGACAUUGACAAAAUACACCUCUGCCCCCCUGACCCUCCCCGGUUUUGGCGCUCUCCUCAAACUGUUCCCCAACCUCGAAACCAUCAAGCUCACCACCAACUUCUUCGCCUACGACCACCAGUUCCAAGGCUUGACAAAGGAGAUCUAUGAAGAAGAGAUCUUGAUGGUCGAAAGAAUGAUCCGUGGCGAGAUGUCUGACCGAUGGUCGUCCUCGAACCCUUCUGCUUCGACUAGUUGGUCUGCAGACUGGCAUGCUCCCGUUACUGAGGAGCAAAGUCUCCGUGCCGGAAUGAUGCGUCCUGCUUACUAA